CGCAUGGAUUUCAAUAAUAAUUGGAAAUAAAAAAAAAAGAGGCUCAUAUUUUGGGUUUUGUUGCCAAAUCGACGUCAUGCGCAGCGUUCUCCUCUUAUUUGGCCUGUUUCUAACUCUAAUGAGGCUCGGUUUUACUCAUGCCGCAGAUUUCAAGUUCACAAAUGUGAUCUGCAAAUCGUACAACGAAUCCUGGUUUCUGAUACACAAUUGCCGCCUGAAGGCAGUCAAUCGCCACAAGACUUCGUAUAACUUUAAUGGCACAAUUCUAUAUCCGGGCAAUCAUAUUAUAAUUAACGUUCAAUUGCUUAAGAAAGAAAAUGGUUACAAGCCCUGGCUAUAUAAAAUUACCUUUGAUCUGUGCCGGUUCCUGAAAAAGGCUUACAAUCCAGUUGCCAUAUUGGUUUUCAAAUUGUUUAAGGAUUAUUCCAACUUUAAUCAUCCCUGUCCGUUUGUGGGUAGACAACUUAUUAAUGAUCUGCAUUUAAACUAUGACGCUUUACCCUUGCCCAUGCCAACUGGUGAAUUUUUAAUUGAAAUCGAUUGUUUCUUUGAUCACAAAAUUCUGCUUUCAACAAAAUUAUACUUUCAAAUCCGCGAAGAUUUUACAAGAAGUUGA